GAGUCAACAAGUCUUCGCUCCCUGAACUCCACAACAGUCAGUCUGUCCAGGAGAAGUGUGGACUGUACAACGGACCGGACUAGCGCUGGUUUUCCUCUCAGCUAUCACGCUUUUUCGGGCUGUGUUUACUGUGUUUUGUCGCCGUUUUCCAACCUACCGCCUGACAGUCCGUUAUUAACCCGCCGCAGGCAGCCAUGCUGCGCUGUUAGCGGACAGCGGACCGCUGUCAGCUUUAUUCAUGGACUCAGCGCGAAGUUCAGCUGAAAGAGUUUCUGUCUGGGGACUGCUGCAAGGCUGACCUCCUACACUCACUAACGAGGGACUAUGAAUCUGUGUUUGGACAGUAUGGACGUCAUGAAGAUUGUGCUGCUCAUCUUUGAGACCAUGUUGCUGACCGACUGUGUGAGAGGACCUCCUCGGGUUUCGGACCGGGUCACCCACAGACAAACGGCCCGUUUGGGAAGCGCCAUCAAGCUGCCAUGUCCCGUGGAAGCAGACCCGCCGCCCUUCAUCCGGUGGACCAAAGACGGACGCAUCAUCCACAGCGGCUGGAUCCGCUUCCGCGUGCUUCGGAUGGGCCUGAAGAUCAAGGAGGUGGAGGCCGACGACGCCGGGACCUUCAACUGCCAGGCAACGAACGGCUUCGGCAGCGUCAACGUCAACUACACCCUCAUCAUUAUCGAUGACCCUCGUUCUGAUAAUUCAGGACCAUCAAACGGAGCAGAACCAGAACCAGGUGGUGACAAAUUGGCUCGUCCUCGCUUCACGCAGCCGGAGAAGAUGCGGCGCAGGGUGAUAGCGUGUCCCGUGGGCAGCACGGUGCGCCUCAAGUGUUCAGCCAGCGGAAACCCUCGACCCGACAUCGUGUGGCUGAAGGACGACCGGCCCCUGACGGAGCAGGAAGUCGGCGAGGGCCGCCAGAGGAAGUGGACUCUGAGUCUGAAGAAUGUGGUGCCGGAGCACAGCGGCAAAUACACCUGCAGGGUCUCCAACCGGGCCGGGGAGAUCAACGCCACCUACAAGGUCGAAGUCAUCCAAAGGACGAGCUCCAAACCGGUUCUGACCGGGACGCACCCGGUAAACACCACGGUGGACUACGGGGGCACCACGUCCCUCCAGUGCAAAGUGCGCAGCGACGUGAAGCCGGUCAUCCAGUGGCUAAAGCGCGUGGAGUCCCACGAGGAGAGCCGCUACAACUCCACCAUCGAAGUGGGGGACCACAGGUUUGUGGUGCUGCCCACCGGGGAGGUGUGGUCCCGGCCCGACGGCUCCUACCUCAACAAGCUGCUCAUCACCCGCGCCAAGGAGGACGACGCCGGCAUGUACAUCUGCCUCGGCGCCAACACCAUGGGCUACAGCUUCCGCAGCGCCUUCCUGACGGUGCUGCCAGACACGAAGCUGCCCGUCUCCCUGCUCCCGUCCAACACCAGCUCCCUCCCCUGGCCCGUCAUCAUCGGCAUCCCGGCUGGAGUAGUCUUCAUCUUCGCCACGAUCCUGCUGUGUUUCUGCCAGAGCAGGAAGCACUGCCCACCUCCCAGCGCCGCGCCGCCGCAGAGCUCCCACCGCGUGCCGUACCGAGAGCGGGACCGGGGCUGCCCCGCGCCGUCCUCCAGCUCCUCCAGCCCGGACAAAGACUGCCUGAACUACGAGGACUACCUGGCCCAGCAGCAGCUGCUCCUCAGCCAGGCCGGACCCAGCGUCCCGCCCAAAAUCUACCCCAAAAUCUACACGGACAUCCACACGCACACCCACUCCCACGUGGACGGGAAGGUGCACCAGCACCAGCACAUCCAUUUUCAGUGUUAGCCUGAACUGCCAUCCUUCAUCAAGAACGCUUGCUUGGAAAACCCAGAAAAAGUGUGUUACCCAACAAAACUUCCACAUCCUGGUGCUUUUUCUACCUGUUAGAAGCUCACACUACUUUUACGCCGACUUUGGGUUUUCCUAAACGGAUGUUUGGGUCCGACGAGCGCGGAGGAUGCAAACGAAAAGGGUACUAAAGGUUCACAGAAGGGCUGGUUUAAAGCUUUGACUCAGGUUGUUUGUUAAAGAUGCAUUUGUUAGGAAUGCUGACCACUACCGUUCUCCAUCCCACUCCCACUGGUAGCUGUUUAUGGCAUGCAGACGUUGCCAAAGACUGCAAAGGGUGGAGGGAUUGUGUUCCCACCCUCCAUGUAAACUGUUCUGGUCCUCUGUAAUCUUUAUUAUUUAACUUUCUUUCUGUAGGUUCCCAUUAUUAGUCUUUAGCAUGUUGGGACGAACCGGCAGAGACCACCUCCUUAUCCAACAACAGUUUAUUAAGCUGUAGUCAGAAUAUUUAAUUUAUUUUCUUAAAAAUGUAUCAAAGGUUUAUUUUUCAGAGUAAGUCAUUUUUCAUAUCUAUGUAAUAUUAAUAAAGUAUACUGUUUGUGUAUUGUA